UGGUAGACAGAUGACCGGUGUCCGCCCGUGCGCCUCCAGGUUGUUGUCUCGGAAGGCCAGGUGAAGGAGCGAUGGACUCCAAAGCUGAACACUCACACGUGUGGUCUACGUCUGCAGAACAUGAGCAGAACACCGCCCAGGUGCAUUUUGUUCCGGACUCUGGAACUGUGGCUCAGAUCGUCUACACCGAUGAUCAGGGACGUCCACCCCAGCAGGUGGUGUACACAGCAGAUGGCACCUCCUACACGUCCGUGGAUGGUCCAGAGCACACACUGGUUUACAUCCAUCCUGUGGAAGCUGCGCAGACUCUGUUUACAGAUCCUGGCCAGGUCACUUACGUCCAACAGGAUGCUACAGCUCAGCAGGUGCAUGCCUAUCUGUUGAGUUCAUACUUCACAGUGAAAUGCCUGAGUUAUAAGGCCUCAUUACCAGUACAUAACCAAGUGUUACCCUCCAUUGAGAGUGUGGAUGCUUCCGAUCCGUUAACAACUCUACAGAAUCCCAUUGGGAGACUGGAGGCAAAAGAGGAAGAGGAUGAUGAUGAGGAUGAGGAUACUGAUGAAGAUGAGGAGGAAGAUGGGGAAGACACAGACCUAGAUGACUGGGAACCAGAUCCUCCUCGGCCCUUUGACCCUCAUGACUUAUGGUGUGAGGAGUGCAACAAUGCACAUUCGUCAGUAUGCCCAAAGCAUGGUCCUUUGCAUCCAAUCCCCAAUCGGCCAGUGCUCACAAGAGCCAGAGCCAGUCUCCCCCUGGUUCUCUACAUAGACAGGUUCCUGGGAGGGGUCUUUUCCAAGAGACGCAUUCCCAAGCGCACCCAGUUUGGCCCUGUGGAGGGACCCCUUGUCAGGGAGUCUGAGCUGAAAGACUGUUACAUUCACCUAAAGGUUUCUCUUGAUAAAGGGGACAGAAAAGAAAGGGAUUUGCAUGAAGAUCUCUGGUUUGAGUUGUCUGAUGAAACUCUUUGUAACUGGAUGAUGUUUGUGCGCCCAGCCCAGAACCACCUGGAACAGAACCUGGUAGCUUACCAAUAUGGCCACCAUGUGUAUUACACAACAAUAAAGAAUGUAGAGCCCAAGCAGGAACUGAAGGUAUGGUAUGCUGCAUCCUAUGCUGAGUUCGUGAAUCAGAAAAUUCAUGACAUUUCUGAGGAAGAAAGGAAAGUUCUUCGAGAGCAAGAGAAGAAUUGGCCCUGUUAUGAAUGUAACCGCCGAUUUAUAAGCUCGGAGCAGUUGCAGCAGCAUCUCAAUUCACAUGAUGAGAAAUUGGAUGUGUUCAGCAGAACAAGAGGCAGAGGAAGAGGACGAGGCAAGAGGCGAUUUGGCCCAGGUAGACGGCCAGGACGCCCUCCAAAAUUUAUCCGUUUGGAAAUAAGCAGUGAAAAUGGAGAGAAGUGUGGCGAUGGGACCCAGGACUUGCUACACUUCUCUAGCAAGGACCAGUUUGAUGAGGGGGAACCAGCUACCCGGAAUGGGCUGGGUCAGCCAGAAGAGCUGGCUCUCCCGCUGCCUCAGCCGCCGCAGGAGGCCCAGUCUUCUCUGGAACAAGAGACCGAAACCCACACCCUCCAUCUCCAGCCACAGCACGAGGAGAGCGUGCUGCUCGCCCCGACCUCUCUGACAGCCGACGACAUGCGUAGAGCCAAACGCAUCCGAUUGGAGCUGCAGAAUGCAGCUCUUCAGCAUCUGUUUAUUCGGAAAUCCCUCCGGCCUUUUAAAUGCUUACAGUGUGGGAAGGCCUUCCGGGAAAAGGACAAGCUGGACCAACACUUGCGCUUCCAUGGGCGGGAGGGGAACUGCCCUUUGACCUGUGACCUCUGUAACAAGGGCUUCAUCAGCAGCACUUCCUUGGAGAGCCACAUGAAGCUCCACUCAGACCAGAAGACUUACUCUUGCAUUUUUUGCCCAGAAUCCUUUGACCGCCUUGAUUUGUUGAAAGAUCACGUGGCCAUUCAUAUCAAUGAUGGCUACUUUACCUGCCCAACUUGUAAAAAACGUUUCCCAGAUUUUAUCCAGGUGAAAAAACAUGUGCGCAGCUUCCACUCAGAAAAGAUAUACCAAUGUACGGAGUGUGACAAGGCCUUCUGUCGUCCUGAUAAAUUGCGCCUCCACAUGCUGCGACACUCAGACCGCAAAGACUUCCUGUGUUCUACCUGUGGGAAACAGUUCAAGCGAAAAGACAAACUGCGGGAACACAUGCAGAGGAUGCAUAAUCCGGAGAGGGAAGCCAAGAAAGCCGACCGCAUCGGCCGCUCCAAGACUUUCAAACCACGCAUCACGUCCGCAGACUACGACAGCUUCACGUUUAAAUGCCGCCUGUGCAUGAUGGGCUUCCGGAGGCGAGGCAUGCUGGUAAAUCACUUAUCCAAGAGGCACCCAGAUAUGAAAAUAGAAGAGGUGCCAGAGUUAACCCUACCUAUCAUAAAGCCCAACCGUGAUUACUUUUGCCAGUAUUGUGAUAAGGUUUACAAAAGUGCCAGCAAGCGUAAAGCACAUAUUCUGAAGAACCACCCAGGAGCUGAGCUCCCACCAAGUAUUCGGAAGCUUCGUCCCGCUGGACCUGGAGAGCCCGAUCCCAUGCUGAGUACUCACACCCAGCUCACUGGCACAAUCGCCACCCCUCCUGUCUGCUGUCCUCACUGCUCCAAACAGUACAGUAGCAAGACCAAGAUGGUACAACACAUCCGAAAGAAGCAUCCAGAAUACGCCCAGCUCCCCAACACGAUACAUGCACCCUUGACCACAGCCGUGAUCAGUACUGCCCCAGCUGUCUUAACUACAGAUAGUGCCACUGGGGAGACAGUGGUGACAACGGACCUACUCACCCAAGCAAUGACAGAACUGUCCCAGACCUUAACAACAGAUUACCGGACCCCUCAAGGAGAUUACCAGAGAAUUCAGUAUAUCCCAGUAUCACAGUCCACUUCCGGUCUCCAACAGCCUCAGCACAUACAGCUUCAAGUGGUGCAGGUGGCCCCGGCCACAUCCCCUCACCAGUCUCAGCAGUCUACUGUGGAUGUCGGCCAGCUCCAUGACCCUCAGACGUACACCCAGCAUGCCAUCCAGGUGCAACACAUCCAAGUCACUGAGUCAACCUCCUCAGCUCCUUCAGCAUCCCAGGUAGCUGGACAACCAUUGAGUCCCUCUGCCCAGCAGUCUCAACAGGGGCUUAGCCCCUCCCACAUACAAGGCAGUUCCUCGGGGCAAGUUCAGUCUCUUCAACAACAGCAACCGCAGCAGCAGCAGCAGCAGCAGCAGUCACAGCAGCCACCGCAGCAGCAGAGUUCGUCGGUGCAGCACACAUUCCUACCCAAUGCUUGGAAUUCCUUUCGUGGCUAUUCAUCUGAGAUCCAAAUGAUGACCCUCCCUCCUGGUCAGUUUGUGAUUACAGAUAGUGGUGUAGCAGCUCCCGUCACCACUGGCCAAGUCAAAGCGGUUACUCCGGGUCAUUAUGUGUUAUCAGAAAGUCAGCCAGAAUUGGAGGAAAAGCAGCCUUCUGCCCUUUCCAGUGGAGUCCAGGUCCAGCCAUCUGUACACGAGUCCUUGGAUCCCCAGACAAGCAGCCAACAACAGACCACUCAGUACAUCAUCACCACCACCACCAAUGGGAAUGGAAGCAGUGAAGUGCACAUUACUAAGCCGUGACUUCCACCCGAGGGAUAGAAUCAGGCAGUCCCAUCAUGUCUCUUCUAAUUCAUCAAGUCUUUAAGCUUUGGACACUUAGAACGCUGCUUUUACAUUUUUAUUAUUCCCUCAAGAGUUAGAAACUACAGUUUGGACAUUCAUAUAGACAAUGGAGUUUAUGUUACCAAGGUGAUCUUUACCAAAUCAGCUCAUCAAAUCCUAGUGAGUUUAUGCAAUUAAAUGGCAGAAAUCUCAGAGGAAAAUUGUUUUCAAGGUGAACAGACUUUGCCCCCUCUUAAGUUGUUUUUUUAACAUUCAAAGUCUUACUUUUCCUUUAUGGAAUUUUUAAGUGGUCUUUUGUGUUCAUGUGGAAGGUGGAGGAAAGAUGCAUCAGUGAAAUGGCUACUGAACGUAAUUCUAAGGCAUGCACUGAAAGAGGAGUGGUGGUGUCUGGUUUUAUAGAUCAGAGCUGCUUUCUCUUGUGAUUGUUGAGUUGUCCUAUUUUAAAGAAGGGAGCCUAGUGAAAACGAAAACUGAAAAUGGUGACUCAAAGGUUUGGUAGUGAUAUUUUGAAAGAAAAAUAUCAUUAAAAUUUUGCUUAUUGCUGACUUUUUAAAAAACAUUCCUUUUUGUUGGGGAUGGGGGUGGGAAACUUGUCUGUGGGGAGUACUUACUAUGGAAUCUGACCUUCUGCUAAUUAGGUUAGAGCCUUGUAUUCUGAUAGCAGUUGCUACAGAGGUGGAUUCCCUAUAAGGGAACCGGUUACCUGAUGUCAGCAGAAUUUAAACCCUUGCAUUAAAGCUUUGCUUUCUAUUUCCUGGUUGUGAUUGCAUUAAAAAGGAGAUAUUCAUGUAAGAUAAAUUAUUAGAUCAUAUAUAUGUAUAUGAAAAUAAAAUAAAAAUCAUCACUGCCUUGCAGGAUCCAUUUGCCACUCAUUGGUAAAGGGUGAAUACCAUGCCUUUAUCAGUGGAAUAUUCGACCCUCGUUCUCUGAAUUCAAUGUAUAUCAGUACUUUUAAUGGUAUCUAAAAUGAACAUUCCUUACAGUUGGAAGAGAAAGUGGCCUUCCUCCUGUCUUACACUUUAAACUCAAUGGAGCUUUUGGUAAGAUGAUCGAUCGGCUUCAUACUUAGGGGAAAAAUAAAAAUAUGCGGGGGCCAUUUUUCUAACAUAGUAAGGUAAUUACAAGGGAUCUAGAAGAAGUUUAAUCUUUAUGACACAAUACUGUUUGCUGGGAGAGGAAAAUAAAUCUGCCUCAGUUACAGUUUUUCUGAUGUGUCCUCCUAGCUGCUUUAAAUUCAAAAGAGGAAAAUGAUAUUUUCCUUCUUUUUAUUUUACAUUCCAAUUAUAUGCAUAAAACCUCUCACAAAUCAUUAUGUAUUUUAGCAACUUUUUGUGACAUAGUUACUGGCAGACUUUUAAAAAUAAUGAUUGCAUAACAAAAUUUAUCACUACAUAAUGUAAAGAUCUAACUCCUAAUGAAAUUAAUUAAUUUAGUUACAUUUUGGGGUAAAAUUGAUUCUAUAAAUGAAGAAACGCAGUAGCUUCUUUAUGGGAAAGAUAUCCUUUGGAAAAGCACACAUUUCUGUGGACAUAACUCUAGUCAUAUACAGACUUUGCACUUUAUUUUUGAGAUCUCAUUUAACCUCCCCCAAAAUUGGGUACUAAGCGAACUUGAGAAAGAUAUUUGAUUACUCUAGAUCUUAUUUGUUAAAAAAAAUGUUGAUAUUUUCACCAGAAAAUAUUGAUGUAGAAUCACAAAAUAGAGGCUCUGGGUCACAAAGCCCCACCAAUGUAAUGGCUGUAAAUACCUGGAUUUUUACUUACUUGUUCCAAUUAGAAGGACUCAUUAGGUAAAAUAUAUUAGACUUUGUCAAAAGUCCAAUUUCAUUGUUUGUAACUUAAAUUUAUUUGGUCCCAAUGGGUCCUUUUUAAUAUGAACCAGUCAGGUAUCUCUCCCUCCCUCAGGAAUAAUUUAUUGAUUAAAAUGGAAAAGUUCCACUGAAUGGAAUGUUCGUUUUAUGCCAGUUAUUUCAAGUUUUAAAAUAUAUGGAGAAAAACGUGGAAGUACUUCUUUGUCGCUUUCCCUUUUAGUUGUCGUUUUCUAAUUCUUUUGCCCUUGUGUGGAAUAAGUAAAGACUCUAAUAUUAAUUUGUAUGUAAUCAACCAUAACUUGGGUUGUAGUCAAUGCCAAAUAGCAUUGCUUUAAGAUCAGGUAUUCCCCACAUUCAUCUCGAAGACAUAGAUUUUCAAACGGACUUGAAUUUGAAGAGUUGUGAGAUGAUAAACCACCCGAACUAAUUUGGAAACUGUAUAUGUAGUCAAUGUUUAUAUUUUGGCCUCUCUCAAGGUAUUUGACACUGUAGAAAUCAUUUAGGACAGGGUGAAAAUUUGAGAGUAGGUUAUGUAUAUAUUUUACAUUUUAAUUGUUUGAUUUGGAGCCAGAUAAAUAGAUAUUUCAUCAUGUAAUAUUCCUGCUACUCUGGAAUAACCUAUUGUUUUGAUCUUGUUGAAUUGUUUUCUGAUUUGGAAUUAUCCUUUUAAAAUCUCUUAGGAUAAAUAGGGCUAAAAAGCACUUCAUGAGAUGCUAAAGCUGACCUACUGGUCGAAAAUAUUGACUAUAUCCUGUUAUUUAAAUGUGAACAUUUAUUGUACAUUCAGUGAGGUAUAGUGUUAAUAGUAUUGUGCUACCCAGCAGGUGUAAAAAUUAAUACAUUUUUAAAAAAUAAAUGUUUCUUGUGUGAAUAUGUAAAGAUAAUUCAUUUAAAAAAAUCCCAAUUUACAGUGUUUUGACCCUGGGUCACUCCAGGCUGGUCACAGAUUCAGAAUAAAGGGGAUUUGUGAUGACAA